AUAAGCGGGUUUAGCCAUAAUUAUGACUUUGUGGCUGUGAUAACUAAUGACGACCACACACGCACACCUCAGUGGCACAGCGAGGGGACGCGCUAUAGACAGACAGACAGCUAGAUAUGGAAAUGCAGACAAAAUGCAGCGUCUCCGCUCUGUGAGCUGCAUACACCAGAACACAACCCGGAUUCACUGCCCAAAAACCUCCCGAUAACACUGUUGUUGUUGCAAAAAAAAAAAAAACAGUUUUAGGUUUUAGGUUUAACCGUCGUCCUUCGCGGCAGACAGCGUUUGGUGACUGGACUAGUGGUGCGUCUUCCGUUCUGUCGCUGCGGCAGAGCGUUCUUCUUCUCUUCAGUCGAGCCAGGGCUGUUGUACAGCAGCCAUCGCUGUAUGAUUCGCCUUGUUCUGCGCUGUUACAGCUUUCUAUCUAUUCGUUCGUGCGGGAGAGCGCUGGUGGUGAUCUAGUGUGGAUCUAGUGGGCGCAUUACAUCCGUCUCUACCGCGUCUACGGUCUGCUACCCUGCUGUCGCUUUCAGGAUGGCGCUAACGAUUUGCACGAGAUUCACUGACGAAUUCCAGCUAUUCGAGGAGCUGGGGAAGGGAGCGUUCUCUGUGGUGAAGAGAUGUCUCAGGAUCUCGUCUGGUCAGGAGUUUGCUGCCAAAAUCAUAAACACCAAGAAAUUAUCUGCCAGAGACCACCAGAAGCUUGAGAGAGAGGCCAGGAUUUGCCGUCUGCUGAAACAUCCCAAUAUUGUGAGGCUUCAUGACAGCAUAUCAGAGGAGGGCUUCCACUACCUGCUGUUUGAUCUGGUGACUGGAGGAGAGCUGUUUGAGGACAUCGUAGAGGAGUACUACAGUGAGGCUGACGCCAGUCAUUGCAUACAGCAGAUUGUAGAGAGUGUUCAUCACUGCCAUGUCAAUGGUAUCGUUCACAGGGACCUGAAGCCUGAGAACCUCCUAUUGGCCAGUAAGCUGAAGGGGGCGGCGGUUCUAGCUGACUUUGGGCUCGCCAUCGAGGUGCAGGCCGACCAACAGGCAUGGUUUGGUUUUGCUGGUACUCCAGGCUACCUGUCUCCAGAGGUCCUGAGAAAAGACCCAUAUGGGAAGCCUGUGGACUUGUGGGCCUGUGGGGUGAUCCUGUACAUCCUAUUGGUCGGUUACCCUCCCUUCUGGGACGAGGACCAGCACAGACUGUACCAGCAGAUCAAGGCUGGAGCCUAUGAUUUCCCAUCUCCAGAGUGGGACACGGUGACUCCUGAUGCCAAAGACCUGAUCAAUAAGAUGUUGACCAUCAACCCCGACAACGCAUCACCCCGCAGAGGCCUCAAACACCCCUGGAUCUGUCAACGGUCCACUGUAGCUUCCAUGAUGCACAGACAGGAGACUGUGGAGUGUCUGAAGAAGUUCAACGCCAGGAGGAAACUCAAGGGAGCCAUUUUGACCACACUGCUGGUAACAAAAAACUUCUCAGUCAAGAGUCUGCUGAACAAGAAGGCUGAUGCCGUCAAGGCGAACAACAAAGCCAACACAGUGACCAGUCCUAAAGACACCAGCUUAACCCCAGCACUGGAACCCCAGACCACAGUGAUCCACAACCCAAUAGAUGGGAACAAGGAGUCUAUAGAGAGCACCAACACCCCCAUCGAGGACGAGGAUGUCAAAGCUCGGAAGCAGGAAAUUAUCAAAGUCACAGAGCAGCUGAUCGAAUCCAUCAACAACGGAGACUUCGAGGCCUACGCGAAGAUCUGUGAUCCUGGUCUGACGUCGUUUGAACCAGAAGCUCUGGGGAACCUGGUAGAGGGACAUGACUUCCAUCGCUUCUACUUCGACAACGCCCUGUCUAAAGGUAACAAGCCGGUGCACACCAUCCUCCUCAACCCUCACGUCCAUCUGAUAGCGGAGAACGCUGCGUGCAUCGCCUACAUCCGACUGAGCCAGUACAUGGACGCGGGGGGGAUGCCUCGCACCAUGCAGUCUGAGGAGACCCGCGUCUGGCAUCGCAGAGAGGGAAAGUGGCAGAACAUUCACUUCCACCGCUCCGGCUCGCCCAGCGUACCAUCCCAUUAAUGGAAUAUCAAGCUUCAGUCUAAACUCCCAAGACAGGCAACAAUCAACUAGCCAACCCGUGGUCACCAUUUUACCUCUAACCCCUCUGUAUGGACAUGACAUCACACAGGAAAAGGAAAUCAACCCUAAAGGUCGUCAGUCAUCCUAACCACCUAGGCUGCGUCCCUAAUGGCACCCUAUUCCCUACAUAAGGCCCAUGGGCUCUGGUCAAAAGUAGUGCACUAUAUAGGGAAUAGGGUUCCGUUUGGGACUUAGCCCCCCCCCCCCCUAGAGCGGCCUGCAGCAGACCAUGGCCAUUAUCCACUGGAGCAUAUUACCUGACAUCUGGUUUUUAAACUGUUUUUGGUGCAUUUUAAAUGUAUAGAGAUGUUUAAAAAUCUACUGCUGUCACUCCUCCCAUUUUGAACUUGUAUUUGUACGUGUGUUUUACGUGUUGCACUACGAAAUAUUUAAAGAUCAGAAUGUUAAAAUCGAGCUUGCUUUUGUUCUGGUGAAAUGUAUAUAUAUUAUAUAUUGUGAUUGUUGAUUAAAAAAAUUUAAUAAAAUAAACAU